GUUUUUGAAGAGCUGGGAGAGCGUGACUGUUAUGUUACAAGGGAAGUUGACCGCGUUUGGAAGAUUAUUGAAAAUGAUAUAGAAAAUUGGCUUGUUCAAAAUGCUGGAAGAGUAAGGGCCACGUUACGCCUUUUGAUUGGGACACCUGGUAUAGGGAAGUCGAUGGGAGCUGGUUCGUACCUCCUCUACCAACUGCUGCACUAUAACAAGGAACGACUUCUUUUUGUUGCAUACGUCAUUAAAGAUUUCGUGUAUAUCUUUGACAAGACCGGAGGUGAGGGACAAGGACGCGUGGAGUACUAG